AUGUCGGGCUUUGAUCAGAAACCGUCCAAGGUACAUGAUGCCACGGAGAGUGCCGAGAUUAGUGACAACGCGAACGCCCAAGACAUCUGCCCAAGUCCAACCUCGGAGAAGUGCUUUUGUCUGCCACCAUCGCCCGAAAGCAGAUGCAACGAUGAAGGUGAAACGGGAAAAAUGGACAAGGACUGUAACCAAGAGAUGGAUGUCGAUGCCGACCAUGAUGAGACCGACCAGGAAGAGGUGACUGACGAGAACGGUGACACCGAACUGGAAGAGGAGACCGACGCAUCUGACUCAUCCAAGGAAGAAGGAGAGGUUAGUGAGGAGGAGACCGAAUCCGAGGCGGAGACUGCCAGCGACAGUGGCAAGAAGGAGAGAGUCGGGGUUCACCCCAUCACCGGAAGAACCGAGAAGGAAACCCGAGCCUUGUUCAAGGAGUUGCAGGCGGAGAUGGACAGAGACAAGAGUGGCGAGAGGUGGGCUCGCCCCCCGUACAAGGCGCCACCGACCUUCGGGGAGGUCAUCGCCGCGGAGCGGGCUAAGGCCGAGGCUGCCGCCGAGCGCAAGAAGAAGAGGGAGGAGAGGAAGAUGAAGGCGGCCAAGGGCAAAGGCCGGUGGGCUCCGUACUGA